CUUCGUUGUAUUUUUGUUUCCACUCUUCAAGACUCACCCACAAAACCUCCUCUCGCAAUCUCCUUAUCCUUACCUUUCUCCACCCCCUCCUUAAACCCUUCUUCUCCUUCUUCUCUCCCUUCUCUAUCUCUUCCUUCUUCUUCCUCAAUCUUCUUUAUCCUUAAAAUUUCUCCAAAAAUGGCAGCAACAGCAACAACAAACCCUUUACUGAAAACCGUUUCAAUGUCACACACUUGUUUCACAACUUCCCUUCAUACUCCUUCAGUUUUCAACCCUAAAUCCCUUUAUUUCUCAACUCCAUUAAAACCCACCAAGCUCAAUCUCGCCCUUUCUAUUUCCCUCAAAAAACCCACCUUUUCAACAACGGUUGUUUCCUGCGUUGCUCAAACCUCAGAUUGGGAACAAGAUGGUGGUUCAAACGCUGUUCUUGAAGAAGAAACUGAACAACAACAAGAAGUUAGUUGGGGAGGUGAAGCUCAAGUUUCGGAUUUUGGGAGUGAAGGUGAAAAUGGAGGAGGGUUUUCUGAACCUCCUGAAGAAGCCAAAUUAUUUGUGGGUAAUUUGCCUUAUGAUGUUGAUAGUGAGAAAUUGGCUCAGAUGUUUGAUGGAGCUGGUGUUGUUGAGAUUGCUGAGGUUAUUUACAACAGGGAGACUGAUAGGAGUAGGGGUUUUGGGUUUGUGACAAUGAGUACAGUUGAAGAAGCAGAAAAGGCUGUUGAAAUGUUGAAUGGAUUUGAUUUGGAUGGACGGACCUUAACUGUAAACAAGGCUGCUCCAAGGGGUUCACGCCCUGAAAGGCCUCCUCGGGAGUUUGAACCUACAUGCAGAGUCUAUGUUGGUAACCUUCCGUGGGAUGUGGACAAUGGCCGCCUUGAGCAACUUUUUAGUGAACACGGGAAAGUUCUAAGCGCCAGAGUAGUUUCUGACAGGGAGACUGGUCGUUCACGCGGAUUCGGCUUUGUCACUAUGGCCUCUGACUCAGAGAUGAAUGAUGCCAUUGCGGCUCUUGAUGGACAGACCUUGGAGGGAAGGGCCAUCAGGGUAAAUGUUGCAGAAGAAAGACCAAGACGUGCCUUUUGAUUUGCCCCACAAGUGUGACUCUGCUGGUUGAUAGUAUUAGCUCCUUUAUCUCUUUUUGCCCCCUCUAUUUGAUUGUGACUAUCUAUAGCUCAUAUUUUGACACCUGCGAGUUCAAAGAAUGCUGUGUUUUUAGCUAGUUCAUGCAAUUGCUUAAGAAUGGUAAUACAAAAUGAUCUCAUAUUUUGAUAUAUGUAAGUUUGCAAAAAAUUCUUUCGA